GGUCGGCAAGCCUUCUCCAUUUUGGCUGGUUCUGGUCUCCAGGAAAAAAAGUGCCGCAUUGACUCAUCGCCGCUCCCGCACCUUUUCCUUUACUUCCUCGUUUCGUCCCCUCUUCAUCUCCUUUAGCCAUUCUUCCUUUCACUCUUACUCUGAAAAGUCCGUUUGGGCAUUCAUCUCCCUUUAAGUCCUCCCCUUUGGUCGUGGGCGUGUGGCAUAAAGCGGAACUUCAGGAGCUUAAUCCUUGGCCUUCAAAGGGUUACAGAAAUCCCACAGAGCCGGGCCAAAAGCGGAGUCUCCAGAUUCUCCUCUCCGGAACUCUGAAGUAGAGGGUACUCCUCCUCUCAAUUGACUCAUCCCUUUCCCUACCAACUUUUUCCCCUGUCCUUUCCUACCAGCGCAGUGCGCAAUGGUUCUCGCUACUCGUUGUGGGCAGGCUACGUCCGCCCUCCUGCGUCAGCGUUGUCUGGCCGAGUCUCGUCGUUCGGCCCUCGCUUUGCGCCCAUUUUCCUCCCAGACCACCGCUCACUCGACGGCUUCGAGUCUCAGAUUGAAGACUCCUUCGCCAUGGCGACCGCAGCAGCUGCGCUCUUUCUCUAGCGCCCUCCGCCGCCUGGCUUCGGAGUCCUCGACCGCUCCCUCCGCCGACAGCUACCUCGCCAGCGGAAUUGUGAAGCCCGGUAGCAAGUUGGUUGAUGUCAAGAAGGUUCUGGUCAUCGGUAGUGGUGGUCUGAGCAUUGGACAGGCCGGAGAGUUCGAUUAUUCCGGUUCUCAGGCUUUGAAGGCCCUCAAGGAGGCCGGUGUGCAGUCCGUUCUGAUCAACCCCAACAUCGCGACCAUCCAGACCGAUCACAAGCUUGCAGAUGAAGUGUACUACCUUCCGGUUACCCCCGAGUAUGUCACUUAUGUCAUCGAGAGGGAGAGACCCGAUGGUAUCUUCCUUUCCUUCGGUGGUCAGACCGCCCUGAACCUGGGUGUGCAGAUGAACCGCAUGGGUAUCUUCGAGCGCUACGGCGUACGCGUUCUUGGAACGAGCAUCAAGACCCUGGAGACCAGUGAGGACCGUGAUCUCUUCUCCAAGGCCCUCAACGAGAUCAACAUCCCCAUCGCCGAGUCCAUCGCGGUCAGCACCGUCGAUGAGGCCCUGAAGGCUGCGGAGACUGUGGGAUACCCCAUCAUUGUCCGUUCCGCAUACGCCCUGGGUGGUCUGGGUUCCGGUUUCGCUGCCAACCCCGAGGAGCUGAAGAACCUGUCGUCUCGCUCUUUGACUCUUUCUCCCCAGAUUCUGGUCGAGAAGUCUCUUCGCGGCUGGAAGGAAGUGGAAUACGAGGUCGUCCGGGAUGCUGACAACAACUGCAUCACUGUUUGCAACAUGGAGAACUUUGAUCCUCUUGGUAUUCACACUGGUGACAGUAUUGUCGUUGCCCCCAGUCAGACCCUGUCUGACGAGGAGUACCACAUGCUCCGUACUGCUGCCAUCAAGAUUGUCCGCCAUCUGGGUGUCGUGGGUGAAUGUAACGUUCAGUACGCUCUUCAGCCUGAUGGACUUGACUACCGUGUCAUUGAGGUCAACGCUCGUCUCUCUCGUUCCUCGGCUCUGGCGUCUAAGGCGACUGGCUACCCUCUCGCUUACACUGCUGCGAAGAUCGGUCUGGGCCACACUCUUCCCGAGCUGCCUAACGCUGUUACCAAGACCACCACUGCCAACUUCGAGCCCAGUCUGGACUACAUCGUCACCAAGAUCCCCCGGUGGGAUCUGAGCAAGUUCCAGCACGUCAAGCGGGACAUCGGUAGUGCCAUGAAGUCUGUUGGUGAAGUUAUGGCCAUCGGCCGUACUUUCGAGGAGUCUUUCCAGAAGGCUAUCCGCCAGGUUGACCCUCAGUUCCUUGGUUUCCAGGGUGACAAGUUUGAGAACCUCGACGAGGUCCUGCAGAACCCCACCGACCGCCGCUGGUUGGCUGUUGGCCAGGCUAUGCUCCACGAGAACUACUCGGUGGACAAGGUCCACGAGUUGACUAAGAUCGACAAGUGGUUCCUGUACAAGCUCCAGAACAUCGUGGACUGCAACAACGAGCUGAAGGAGAUCGGCAGCCUCUUUGGCCUCCAGAAGGAGAUUCUGCUGAAGGCCAAGAAGCUCGGUUUCUCCGAUAAGCAGAUUGCUCUCCUUGUUGGCUCCACUGAGGACGACGUCCGCGCCCGCCGCAAGUCGUUCGGCAUCAGGCCCUGGGUCAAGAAGAUUGACACCCUCGCUGCCGAGUUCCCCGCUGACACCAACUACCUCUAUACCACCUACAACGCUACCUCCCACGAUGUUAGCUUCGAUGACCACGGUAUCAUCAUUCUGGGAAGCGGUGUCUACCGUAUUGGAAGCUCCGUCGAAUUCGACUGGUGUGCCGUCAACGCUACCCUCUCCCUGAGGAACAUGGGCAAGAAGACUGUCAUGAUCAACUACAACCCCGAGACCUACUCUACUGACUUCGAUACUGCUGACAAGCUCUACUUCGAAGAACUCAGCUACGAGCGUGUCAUGGAUAUCUAUGAGCUCGAGAGCGCCAGCGGUGUUGUUGUGUCUGUCGGUGGCCAGCUUCCUCAGAACAUUGCCCUCCGUCUGCAGGAGACCGGCGGUGCCCACGUGCUUGGAACGGACCCCAAGGACAUUGACCGUGCCGAGGACAGACACAAGUUCUCUCAGAUCCUGGACAGCAUUGGUGUUGACCAGCCCGCCUGGAAGGAGCUUACCUCCGUGGCUGAGGCCGAGCGCUUCGCUGAGGACGUUGGAUACCCCGUUCUGGUUCGUCCCAGUUACGUCCUGUCUGGCGCUGCCAUGAACGUCAUCUACAGCGUCGACGAGCUCAAGGAGAAGCUCCUCAACGCCAGUGCCGUCUCCCCCGACCACCCUGUCGUCAUCACCAAGUUCAUUGAGGGUGCCCAGGAGAUCGACGUUGACGCUGUUGCCUCCAACGGUAAGCUGCUGUUGCACGCCGUCAGUGAGCACGUCGAGCCCGCUGGUGUGCACUCCGGUGAUGCCACCCUUGUUCUCCCCCCUGCCAACCUGGAGAAGGCUGUCAUGGGUCGCGUCAAGGAGAUUGCUGAGAAGGUUGCUAAGGCCUGGAACAUCACCGGUCCUUUCAACAUGCAGAUCAUCAAGGCCGAUGUUGAGGGCGCUCAGCCCGAGCUGAAGGUCAUUGAGUGCAACCUCCGUGCUUCCCGUUCCUUCCCCUUUGCUAGCAAGGUUCUGGGCACCAACUUCAUUGAUGUUGCCACCAAGGCCCUGGUCGGCCGUGAUGUUCCCGAGCCCGUGGAUCUCAUGAGCGUCAAGCGCGACUACCUUGCCACCAAGGUUCCCCAGUUCAGCUGGACCCGUCUUGCUGGUGCCGAUCCUUUCCUCGGUGUCGAGAUGGCCAGUACUGGUGAGAUUGCCUGCUUCGGUAAGGACGUUGUUGAGGCCUACUGGGCUUCCCUGCAGUCCACCAUGAACUUCCGUGUGCCCGAGGCUGGUGAGGGUAUCCUGCUCGGCGGUGAUAUCAACAACCCUGCCCUGGCCCAGAUUGUCGAGUACCUCCAGCCCCUCGAGUUCAAGUUCUUCGCUGCCAGCCCCGUUGUCAAGGAGCACCUUGAGUCCGUUGCCAAGGUCCCCGUGCAGGUGAUUGAGUUCCCCAAGGAGGACAAGCGUGCCCUUCGUGAGGUCUUCCAGAAGUACAACAUCCGUGGUACCUUCAACCUUGCCAAGACCCGCGGCAAGACCCUCCUUGAUGAGGACUACGUUAUGAGACGUAACGCUGUCGACUUCGGCGUGCCUCUCUUCAUGGAGACUAAGACUGCUCUGCUCUUCGCCCAGGCCAUGAGCCAGAAGAUGCCCCGUGCUGAAGGCAUUCCUUCCGAGGUCCGCACCUGGUCCGACUUCACCGGCGGCAAGCUCCUGUAAACGCGAGUUUACGCACGACAAGGACCAAAAGUUUGAUUUCAUAGAUAUAAUUACGGUUGUGUAUUCAUUCAUGUUUGCAGGCACAGAAAAGCCGCCGUGUUUGGCGUAGCGGAUAAGGCUCCAUGUUGAUAGAUAUGUUUACUUAGCCCGGGGAUUUGGGCUUUCUGUCGCGUCUUCCAAAAAGCGAUAUCUGUGGUUCUUUUUCUUUCUGAAUGGUUGGCCUUGUGAAUGAUUCUCUCUGGUGCCUUUUCUUCGCAGUCUAUAGGUUUGUAGGCAGGCUUUGUGCUUGAGCGAAAAGGACAAUGUUCGAUGAUUCAGUUGUAUGUAGUAUAGCAUGUUUAGUAUAUCCAAUCUCAACUUCUUAUGACAAUUC